UAUUUUUUUUAAAAAAAAUCUUUUCCUCUGCGUGUUCCUCUCUGGUGAGGGGCGCGAGGAAGGGCCCGUCGUCGGUCGCGUGGCCACUCCGUCCAGGCGACGCCGGCGGAGCCGAGAACGAAUGCAUCGGCGAACCAAGACCCAGGCGUCUUGCCCCAGUAUCCUGCUCGUCUCCAUCCGCUCCCCCCUCUCCGCCAGCACGUAGCAGUCAGGAGAGCUCCAGGCGACACCGGCUGCAACAAGGAUGACAGCAGGGCCGCGUUCCUGAGACUCAGGUGAAGGUAUCAUCAAGUACUCAGUGAAAUGGAUAAGAAGAAUGAAGUCAAUGACAUAGAACCUGGACCAGAUUCUUCUCGGUCCGUGGACAGAUUUGGAUUUAUAAAGACUGAACAAAGUAACUCUCAGGAGGGAGUUCUGAAAAGCAGAUCCACACAUGAACGCGGAAGAGAGGAAAGGAAGAUAAGAAAGGGGAGGAAGAUGAUAGGCACUGGUGGUAGCGAAUGGAAGCAUUAUUGUAGGAGGAAUCCUCAUGUGGUCAAAAGAAGAAUAAGGAAAGGAAUUCCUGAUUGUCUCAGAGGACUUGUUUGGCAGUUGAUUUCAGGAAGCAGGGACCUCCUGCUAAUGAAUCCUGGUGUUUAUGAGACUCUGGUCAUAUACGAGACAUCAACAUCAGAAUUGGAAAUUAUUCGUGACAUAUCGCGUACAUUUCCAUCUCAUGUUUUCUUCCAACAGAGACAUGGCCCAGGUCAAAGAUCUAUGUAUAACGUUUUAAAAGCGUACUCUGUUUAUGAUAGGGACGUUGGAUAUGUGCAGGGAAUGGGAUUUAUAGCAGGGUUGCUGCUUCUUUAUAUGAGCGAGGAGUAUGCAUUUUGGUUUAUUGUAGCUUUGCUAAAAGGAGCUGUCCAUGCACCAAUGGAAGGCUUUCAGCUUGGUUUGCCGCUCGUGCAACAAUAUUUGUUUCAAUUUGAGAGAUUAGUUAGAGAGCACAUGCCAAAGUUGGGAGAACAUUUUAUUGAAGAAAUGAUAAAUCCGAGCAUGUAUGCAAGUCAAUGGUUUAUCACGGUUUUCUCAUAUUCCUUUCCAUUUCAUAUAACUCUUAGAGUUUGGGAUGUCUUCCUUUACGAGGGUAUUAAGGUUGUGUUCCAAGUUGGACUGGCUCUACUGAGAUUCUGCCAUGAUGACCUGGUCAAAUUGCCUUUUGAGGAACUUUUACAUUCCUUGAGAAAUUUUCCAGAGGAGGCAACUGAUCCAGAUAAACUAUUGCCAGUUGCCUUCUCAUUUAAGGUGUUGAGUCAUCUCGAGGAGCUUGAGAAAGAGUACCGGAAACGACUGGAGGGACCCAACGCAAGCUCAAGUGGUAAGCGGCUUCAGCCCCUCAGAUCAAAAAGUAUGCGCAGGGUUGGCAGCCAGGUCUUGUACAACUUAAAUGUUGGUAAAAAAUAACUGAUAAUUCCUGUGCUCCAAACUGAGUCACCUUUGAUGUGUACUAGAAUGACCUUGCACGCUUUGCCGCGCCGACCUAUCUUUUUAUUGUUGUAAACCAUUCAUUAUUUAUUUUCCGUUUAUCACUGUAAAGAAGUUUUCUUGU